GAAAAACAUGGCUGAUCCUGUAUCUGGCCUCGCUGCUAGUCUCUUGCAGAAAUUAGGCUCUCUAGUUUAUCAAGAGUUCUGCUUGGCAUGGGGCAUCCAGAGCGACCUGCAAAAGCUUGAGAGCACGAUUUCCGACAUUAACAUCAACGAGCUCUUGGAUGCUGAAUACAAGCAAGCAAGCAACCCCAUGCUGAGGAACUGGCUUGGGAGGCUCAAAGUUGUCUUAUCUGAUGCAGAGGAUGUGAUAGAUGAAAUUGAGUACAAAGUUUUUAGGAAGCAAGCGAUUAGAGCAUACGGAAGCACUAGUUCAAAGGUACGACAUUUCUUUUCUUCCUCCAUGGCACUUUCAUCCCGUUUAAAACUCUCUCACAAAAUCAAGGACAUUAGAGAGAGGUUAGAUGCGAUUAAUGCUGGUAAGGAUCAAUUUAAUUUUACUGAACGGCAUGAAGACGUGCAUGUCAUGCCCGUAUGGAGGGAAAUGACCCAUUCUGGUGUUGAAUCAUUGGUCAUCGGUAGGCAAGGGGAUAAAAAAAAAAUCAUAGAGCCUAUGAUGGAAGCCAAUAAAAAUGUUAAUAUCAUUACCAUAGUUGGAAUAGGAGGUUUGGGGAAGACCACACUUGCCAAGUUGGUCUACAAUGAUGAAGUCGUAGUUAAUCAUUUUCAAUUAAAAAUGUGGGUUUGUAUCUCUACAGAUUUUAAAGUUACAGAAUUGAUGGAAAAAAUCCUUAAAUCUGCUUGCAAAGGAGUUGAUAAGAAUUCAAGUACUGAAGAUACAUUGCAGACUAGUUUGAAAGAACUUUUAAAAGAUAAAAAGUUUCUACUGGUCUUGGAUGAUGUUUGGAAUGUAAAUAGAAAUAAAUGGGUUGAAUUGAUAGAUUUGCUUAAUGGAGGGUCCCAUGGAAGUGUCGUUGUUGUAACGACACGUAGUCACAAGAUUUCUUCCAUUUUAGACCCUAUUUACACACAUUCUUUAGAUGGUUUAUCAAAAAUAGAAAGUUUGUCUUUGUUUGUGAAAUGGGCAUUCAAGGAAGGAGAAGACAAACGACAUCCAAACCUUUUAUCAAUUGCAGAUGAAAUAGUGGAAAAGUGUAAAGGGGUUCCAUUGGCCGUAAAGAGUUUAGGUGGUCUACUUUAUUCGAAAGUUGAUGAAAGGGAGUGGAAUUUGGUUAGAGAUAACAAUAUUUGGGAAUUAGAAGAAAAUGAAGGAGGCAUCUUACCUGCAUUGCGAUUGAGUUAUAAUCAAAUUCCAAUUCAUCUGAAACGAUGUCUUGUGUAUUGUGUUAAUUUUCCAAAGGAUCAUGAAUUUUUUAAUAUCCGUUUAAUUGGACAAUGGGUGGCACAUGGAUUAAUCCUCCGAAUGCCAGUUAACAAAACACAAGACUUGGAAGAUGUUGGAGACUUGUAUAUUAAAGAGUUAAUGUCGAGAUGUUUCUUUCAAGAUUUUGAAGAACAGGAGUUGGGCCUGUAUUCCUUCAAAAUGCAUGAUCUUGUCCAUGACCUUGUGCUCUCUAUUGCCCAUAAAGAGUGGUUGGAAAUAGACUCUAACAACAAAAAAAUUGCUCCGACAGUUCGUCAUUUGUCAAUUUCAUACAAUGGUCUACAAGUUUUAAAGUCUCUGAAUAAGUUAACUAGUGUGCGGACCAUCAUGUACCGAACCAAACCCCAUGUAUUCUCAGUUGAAUCAUGCAUAAAAAAAUUCAAGUCUUUACGAGUGCUUGACAUACAUAAUUCAGAUUUUAAGAAUUUGCCAAGUUCCAUUGGUACUCAAAAGCAUUUGAGAUAUCUCGACCUAUCUAAUACAUCAUUAAUGAAGCUUCCUAAUUCCAUUUGCAAGCUACACAAUUUGCAAACAUUGAUGCUCGGUGGAUGUGUCAACCUUGAACGACUGUCCAAAGAUAUACGGAAUUUGAUCAACCUUAGGCUUCUUACAAUAACAACAAAAGAUACAUGCCUGCUCGAGAAUGGAGUAUGUUGUUUUAAUUCUCUUCGGAGUUUAUUUGUGGCCUAUUGUCUAAGACUCGAAUGCUUGUUUCCACAAAUGGACAGGUGCCUCACCAACCUUCGUAUAUUGGUUUUUGUGGGAUGUGAAAGUUUGAUCUCCUUGCCACCUAUUAUCAAGCACCUAACUUCCUUAGAGUCAUUGUAUAUUAAUUAUUGUAACGAGAUGGAUUUGACAGGAGGAGGAGAAGAUGCACAGGAUUUCAAUUUGAGACUCCAAAUCUUGGAGAUAGAAGGGUUGCCAAAGGUGGAGGUUUUACCGGAAUGGCUCCUAGGAUCUACAAACACUUUAAAGGAGCUAUAUAUCAAGUGGUGUGGAAAUCUCAAGGCCUUGCCAGAGUGGUUGCCAACUCUGAAAUCACUUCAAACAUUGGUGAUCACUGAUUGCGAUGAGUUAUCAUCUGUGCCGGAGGGAAUUAAUCAUAUGAAAACAUUAAGAAAAUUGAUGAUUAAACAUUGUGCUCAACUUGUUACUCGUUUAGAAGACUGGUCCAACAUACCAGAGUUCGAAGUACUUGGUUGUAUAAACGUUGAAGAUGAAGAGCUUCCACCUUCCGUGAGCCACGAGUAGUCCCAAUGCCAGAUUGAACGUAUGAAUUAGCUUUGUUCGAAUUUAGAUACAUAUAUGGCUCUUCCUUAAAUUGCAUUAAGAUAUGUAAAAUACAUAAAUAAAUACAUGCAGUGACGUGUGUGUAUAAAGUGUGUGCGAUAGUUAGUUGGAUUGGUGGAUAUAUGUAUUUGCU